AUGACCGAGUAUUGGGUAAGCCAAGGCAACAAAUGGUGCGAUUUUUGCAAAAUAUUUUUAUCAAACAAUCCUUCGAGUAUCCGAAACCAUGAGCUUGGCCAACGCCACAAAGAUAAUGUCGCUAAAAAGCUCGAUUCUAUGCGGAAAGAUAAUGUCACUAAAGAGAAACAACAGAAGGAAGCUGCACGUGCUCUCGAGCAAAUCGAAGCUAAAGCGAAUCGGAGUUAUCAAAAGGAUGUGGCGAAUCUUAAGGAGGCGAGUAGUCUUCGUGCGUUGGAUAUACAAGAAGAUGGUCAAGAGAAAUGGGAUUAUGACAGCACUUCAGGCUAUUACUACAAUCAAAGCAAUGGCUUACACUAUGAUCCAAACUCAGGCUUUUACUAUUCUGAUGCUAUAGGCAAGUGGGUGACACAGGAAGAAGCAUACACUGCUGUCCAGGUUUCAUCAGGCUCCAAGAAUAAGGAAUCCAGUUUCAAAAAGCCUUUGCCAGCAUCAGCUGUCAGUUUGGUAAAAGAAAAUAAAGUUGCUGCUCAAAAUGGCCCUCCACCUGGUCGUGUUGUUUCAGCUUCUUUAAAUCCUACAAGAUGUGUUAAAGGUGCUCCUUCAAAAAUUGUUGUUAACAAGAGGAAGAGGCCAGAUGAAAAGCCAAAGGCUGUAUCUGCAGAAGAAAAGGCCGCUCUUAAAGCUAGGGAAGCUGCAAGGAAGAGGGUCGAGGAGAGGGAGAAAUCUUUGCUUGGUCUUUACCAACACUGA